AUGGUGCCGGACGCCGCGGCGCUGCUGGUGGCGGCGAUGGUGCUGGGCCUCCGCGCGGCGGCGGGAGGUGGCGCGGGGGGCUACGCCCAGGUGAAGUACAUGCAGCCCAUGGUGAAGGGACCCCUGGGACCCCCCUUCCGCGAAGGCAAAGGGCAGUACCUGGACAUGCCACCACUGCUGCCUAUGGACCUCAAAGGGGAGCCAGGACCCCCAGGGAAGCCUGGCCCACGUGGACCCCCUGGCCCCCCCGGAUACCCAGGAAAGCCAGGCACGGGAAAGCCAGGAAUGCAUGGCCAGCCUGGGCCAGCCGGGCCCCCUGGCUUCUCAGGCAUUGGGAAACCCGGAAUGCCAGGACUCCCUGGAAAGGCGGGUAUGAAAGGGAUGCCUGGAGCCAAGGGUGAGCCUGGCAUGCGAGGAGAGCAAGGGCCAAGAGGGCUGCCCGGCCCCCCGGGGCUGCCGGGGCCAGCUGGCAUCUCAGUCAACGGGAAGCCAGGCCCACGGGGUGGCCCCGGCCUGCCUGGGUUUCGGGGUGAGCCUGGCCCAAAAGGAGAGCCGGGUCCCCGUGGAGAGCGAGGGAUGAAGGGCGAGAAUGGUGUGGGGAAGCCAGGGCUCCCGGGGCCCCGGGGGAAUGGGGGUCCUCCUGGCCCCACCGGGCCCCCAGGGCCUGUUGGCAUUGGAAAACCCGGUCUUGACGGCCUGCCGGGGGCACCGGGGGAGAAGGGGGACAUGGGCCCUCCAGGUGGGCCUGGUGUCAGCGGGGAGCCCGGCCCCAUGGGGCCCCGCGGCCCUCCUGGCAUCGAUGGGAUCGGCAUCCCAGGUGCUGCCGGGGUGCCAGGGAUACAGGGCCCCACAGGGCCAAAGGGAGAGCCUGGGAUCCGCGGCCUCCCUGGUUUGCCAGGCCCAACCGGACACGGGAAGCCAGGUUUGCCUGGCCUAAAGGGAGACCGCGGGCAGCCCGGGGCACCAGGGGCCAUUGGCGAUAAGGGGGAGCCCGGUGUUGAUGGGGAGCCAGGCGAGCCGGGCCCUGCUGGCAUCAUUGGGCCAGGGGUGCGAGGAUUAACGGGCAGCCCUGGGCCGAAAGGGGACGGUGGGAUCCCAGGGCAGCCUGGGCUGAGGGGCCCCUCUGGCAUCCCUGGCUUACAAGGACCUGCAGGUCCCAUGGGGCCUCAGGGGUUACCGGGACUGAAAGGGGAGCCCGGGCUUCCUGGGGUUCCCGGUGAGGGGAAAACCGGUGAGCCCGGCAUGGCCGGACCCAUCGGUCCCCCGGGAAUGCCAGGAACACCAGGGCUGAAUGGGCCACCGGGCCCACCGGGGCCGCCUGGGCCUCCGGGAGCACCGGGGGUGUUCGACGAGACGGGCAUUGCGGGGCUGCACCUGCCGGACGGCGGCGUGGAGGGAGCUGUGCUGGGGAACGGCAAACCGGGGAAGCCACAGUACGGCCGGGGAGAGAUCUCCGCCCGGAUCGCACCUGCCUUCACCGCCAUCCUCACCUCCCCCUUCCCGGCCUCAGGCAUGCCGGUCAAGUUUGACCGGACUUUGUAUAAUGGGCACAACGCCUACAACCCGGUCACCGGGAUAUUCACCUGCCCUGUAUCCGGCAUCUACUAUUUUGCCUACCACGUGCACGUCAAAGGGACUAACGUUUGGGUGGCCCUUUACAAGAACAACGUGCCUGCCACCUACACCUACGACGAGUACAAAAAGGGCUACCUGGACCAGGCCUCGGGCAGCGCCGUGCUUGAACUCAAGGAGAACGACCAAGUCUGGGUACAAAUGCCCUCGGACCAGGCCAACGGACUGUACUCCACGGAAUACAUCCACUCCUCCUUCUCCGGGUUCCUGCUCUGCCCCACAUAA